UCUCCCUUCGCUAAAAUGGCAGCCUCCAGGGAAAGCAAGAUGCCAAUAUUUAGCGAUUUAGGAUUAAUAAAAACUAUUGAAGAAAAUGAUGAUAUACCGCUCAGUGAAGACAGUUCAGAUUCUGGUGAUGAAGCGGUCUCAGUAAAGCAGAGAAGAUUAAACAGAAAGAAUGUUCUCUUUAACAAUUCUUUUCAAUUUGAGGAUGGAAACACACUACCAGAGCCAAAGGUGAAUGUAGUCAAUUAUAAGCCAAAAGGAUUGUCCAAAGUCUCUUCGUUAGAUGACAAAAUACUAGAAGUUCGAAAACAAAAAUUGAAGAAGAAUGGUAAACUUGAAGGAGAGGAAGAAGACAUGAGUGUCGAGGAGGAUAUUGAUUCCUCAGAGGAUGAAGAUUUAAAAAUGGACACGGUGAAGGAAAAGAAGAAAAAGAGAAAGAGAGGGGAAGAGGAGGAAGUCCAGAGUGAGAAAGUUCAGUUCUCUGAGAGUAUAGACACAUAUGAUGAGAAGUUAACAUUCCAAGAGAUGAACUUGUCACGUCCUCUUUUGAAGGGUCUAUCUUCAAUGGAGUUUGUAAAGCCAACUCCUAUACAAGCUGCGUGUAUACCAAUAGCUUUAUUGGGCAGAGAUAUAUGUGCUUGUGCUGUCACUGGGUCAGGUAAAACUGUAGCGUUCAUGCUGCCUAUAUUAGAGAGGCUGAUGUACAGACCCAAGGCCACAGCCUCCACCAGGGUUCUAAUCCUAGUUCCUACCAGAGAGUUGGCAGUACAGGUUCACACAGUGGCUAGGAAGUUGGCACAACACUCUAAUGUUGAUAUUUGUUUAGCUGCAGGUGGCCUUGACAUUAAAUCUCAGGAAGCCAUGUUACGCUUGGGGCCUGACAUUGUUAUAGCCACACCUGGUCGUUUGAUUGACCACCUUCACAACAGUGUCAACUUCACUUUGAACAGCAUUGAGAUUUUAGUGUUGGACGAGGCUGACAGAAUGCUUGAUGAAUAUUUUGCUGAGCAAAUGAAGGAAAUUAUUCGACUGUGUGCCAGACAAAGACAGACAAUGUUAUUUUCAGCCACUAUGACAGAAACGGUUCAAGAGCUGGUGGCGGUGUCGUUAAAAGAUCCUGUCAAAGUUUUUGUCAACCAAAGUACGGAGGUCGCUCUUGGUCUCAGACAAGAGUUCAUAAGGAUUCGACCUAAUAGGGAAGGUGACAGGGAAGCAAUUGUUGCAGCCUUGGUGUCUCGUAACUUUUGUGAUAAAUGUAUUGUGUUCAUACAAACCAAGGUGCAGGCUCAUCGAAUGCACAUUCUGCUAGGUCUGCUGGGUAUCAACGUCGGAGAGUUGCAUGGAAAUUUGUCACAAGCUCAGCGUUUAGAGACGCUGAAGAAAUUUAAAGAAGGUCUUAUUGAUGUGAUGUUGGCCACUGACUUAGCCUCCAGAGGUCUUGACAUUGAAGGAGUCAAAACUGUUAUCAAUUUUACAAUGCCCAACACUAUCAAACAUUACAUCCAUCGUGUGGGCAGGACAGCCAGAGCAGGCAAAAGUGGAAGAUCUGUCACUCUAGUUGGAGAGAAAGAAAGAAGAAUUCUGAAAGAAGUUGUCAAACAAGCAAAGACACCUUUGAAGACAAGAAUAAUACCACAAGAUGUUAUCACUAAGUUCAGGAACAGGAUAGCAGAACUUGAGGAGGACAUUAAAGCCAUCCAAUCAGAACAGAGAGAAGAAAGUCAGAUGAGGGCAGUGGAAAACAAAAUGCAGAAAGCUCAAAAUUUACUGGAUAGCAAUACUGAAGGCCAACAGAGGGGCUGGUUCCAAAGUUAUAAAGAGAGAAAGAUGGAAAAGGCUAAGCUAAGAUUAUCUGAACGAGAUGCUAAAGAAGUUAAAAAGACUAGGAAAAAAUUGACGGCAGAGGAUAGGGUGAACUUUGAACUGACCAAGUCUCAGCUGUACAGUAUCAGAGCUGCUAAGAAAUCACAUAGAGCAAAACCCUUGAAAAUAUUUUCAGAGCAGACAGAAUCAGAUAAGCCCAGUGGCAAGAAAAAAAAGAAAAGAAAACAAACUAAAAAGUUAGGCUAUGAAGAAGAGUUGGCAGAUGUCCAGACGUCUGCUGUGAAGAAGUUUAGAGCAGGACCAUCUUAUAAGGAACGCAAAGAAGCUGCAGAAAAGAAAGGAAAUAAAAGUCAUUCAAAGGGAAAUUUCAAAUCAUUUGGUCGUAAAAAGAAAAAUAAGUGAAGAAAAUUUGAUGUUGCCCAAAAUAAAUAAAAUAGAUGAACACA